AUGUGGCUCCUCACCCACGACGGCGACCACACGCAAAAGAAGCGCUGCUGGCUGCGACCCGGCACCUCGCACCUGCUCGGCCGCACGCGCAGCAACGACGUCGACUUCCAUUUCCACAUCGACCACAAAUCCGUCUCGCGCCAGCACCUCAUCAUCACCGUGCGUGACGUCGCCGACGCCAGGGCCGCUCCCGACGCCCUUUCCGCCCCGUCGGCAUCGUCGUCGUCGUCACCGUCACCAUGGUCGACACGUUUCGCGCGCUCCGAAGUCGUCCUGACGGAUGCCAGCAGAUUCGGGACGUGGCUCGACGGCGAACAGUUCAAGGGCUGCGAGCGCGUGGUGGGCAGCGCCGCCGGGAAGGGCUACCGGCGCCGCGGCCACGAGAGCCACGAGAUCAGGCUGGGCAAAUGGAGCGCCGCAUGGCGGCUGGAAUGGCAGCCGGUCGUGCUGACGGCGAGCCUCGGCGGUGGCGGCGGCGGCGCCACAAGCAGCAGGAAGGCGAAGACGAAGAGGAACAACAACGACGACGACGACGGCGCUGUCGCUGAUCAGGCCUCGUGCGCCGAGCUGCUGCGCGAGCGGCUCGCGCCGUUCGACGUCGCCGUCGUGCCCGAGUACGUGGCCGGGGUGACGACGCACGUGGUGGCGCUGAAGCGCAACACGCCGCGCGUGCUGCAGGCGCUGGUCGAGGGCGCGCACGUCGUGUCCGAGGCCUUCGUCCGGGCGCUGGAGGAGCGCGCGCAGAAGCGGGAGCCGGUCGUGGUCGCGGUCGGCGUCGAAGAGGUGCCGAGGGCGCCGUUGGAGGAGGACUUCGACGGCAAUUGGCCGCGCGAGCUGGACUUCGUGCCGCCGUCGGCGAACGAGCCGGUGGCGCGGCCGGCGGAUAUGCUUGCUCCGGACCCGCAGAGGGAGACGGUGUUUGCGGGGUACACUUUCGUCUUCAGUGACGGAAAUCAGUUCGCACAGCUCGGGCCGGUCGUGGAGCAGGGGACCGGGAAGGCGUUGCUGCGGGAGCUGGAGACGGGCUCUGACGACACCGACGGAUUCAUCCGAUACGUGAAGAGUGUUGCUGGAGAGAAGGGUGCUGGCGAGUUUGAAGACGGCAGCGAGGGCAAGGGGGUGGUGGUGGUGCGACUCACGGAGCCUCGUGGGAACGACGAAAAGUGGUGGAAGCGAUUCUACCAUUCUGUCGAUCUGGGAUUGAAUCAGCGGAGCAUCAACCAAAAUGAGUUUUUGGAUGCAAUCAUCACAAACGAUGCAUCGCCGCUGAGGCGACCGCUGGAGCAGGAAACGGAUGACGAGGCUGUUCCUAGCAGCAUUCCCGGACCGCCGCCGUCCACUUCAGUGGGUCCGUCUCAGAUGUCUAUUGUUGCCUCACAUGAAGGACAAACGCAGGCGGGUCAAUCGCAGAUGGAGGCUCCGCUGUCUUCAGAACCACCUGUGCCGAAGACUACCCGGAAAGGGUUCCGUCGCGCACUCACAGAAUCUAGAUUCAAAGGUUUUGAUGAUUUCGACCCAGACAUGGUACCGAAAAUACAACCUGUGUCGGAUGAGGAUGAUGAAAUGGAGCCGGGUCACGUCGACCAAUCACAAUGGUCAACGGCGCAAUCGCAAUACACUGGUAGGUCACAAGAUCGAGCAAGACACACUAGGGGAACGAAGAGGCAGCAUGAGCCAGUGGAAUCGGUGCACAUCUCUGAUGACGAUGACGCGAAUUCUAUCGAAAAGCUAUUCCCUGCCGCGUAUGCCAUGAAAAAGAGAAAAUUGGAACAGCAGCUCCAAGACGCAGCCAUGAAAGAUAUCCCAGAGGAGACGGAAGAGACACCGAAGAAGCCGCCCCUCGUCUUGCCUUCGGAGCUGCGUAAGUCGAAACCGGAGAAGGUGGUCAAUUCCAAGCAGCUGGCGCUGUUAGCACGAGAACGUCGUGAAAAGGAGGAAGACGGGCGGAAGAAGGACGAAGAGACUUUACGGGAAGCACUGGAGGGUAUGGACGUUGAUCAGAUGAAGGACUUGGCUAAAGUUGAGGUCAUGGAGAUUCUUCCUCGAAAGAACCUCGUCGAUGUCGAGGAAGGAAACAACGACGGUGAGCGUUGGAAGCCGGAGUGGAACGGCCGCAAAAAUUUCAAGAAGUUCCGAAAGAGCAAACCGGGCGACAAGGACAGCGGCUCGCAAGCUCCGCUCCGUUCGCGGAGAGUCAUCGUCCCCCUCGAAGAAGUGACGCUCGGCGCGGCCGAGGAUCCCUACCUGUUCGACAAUACCAGCACUUUCGACAGCAUCCGAACUAGGCCGCGGCCCGGCAAGACCGGCACUUUCGACAGCAUCCGCUCUCGGGCAGGCACUAGAAGCAUCGGCGACACGUCCGGCCAUCCAGGCGACACUGACGACGACGAAGACACCUCCUUCAGACGAAGCAACCUCCGCAGCGGCACCAACUCCCAACAGCAGCAGCGUGGCCGCAACAACGGGCCCGCCAGCGCAAUCGCCAUCGGUUCCGAGGACGAGGAAGAGCUGCAGGACCUCGACCCCGAGGAAAUCGCUGGCCGGCCCCGCAGCGAAAACAUCGCAUCCGCCCUGUCGCCGUCGACACGGUCGUCCAACAGACCCGGCACCGCCACGUCGUCGUCGUCAUCCAGCAGGACCAGCAGAGCGGCGGCGCACGCCAACAACAACAACAGCAACGACCCCCUCCCCCCCUCUCCUGAUUACUACGCCACCGCGAGCACCGCCCGCGGCGGCGGCGGCGGCGGCGGCGGCGGCGGCAGCAAACGGGCCGCCGACCCUCACCCGCCCCACCAUCAUCCUCCUCCUCCGUACUCGCAGCGCGACCCGUCCCCGUCCCCGGCGCUGAGCAGCCAGACCAUGGCGGACGGCAGCACGGAACACGCCAGGCCGGACAGCAAGGGGAGCGCGACGAGUGGGGUCAGUGGCAGCACGACGGCGACGGCGACGGCGACGAGGGGGGGCAAAAGAGGCGCCAUGGGUCCGCCGGCGCCUUUGGAGCCGCCGGCGAAGAAGCAGAAGAAGGCUGGGGGAACGGCGACGACGACGACGACGACGACGACGACGACGACGACGAAGCAAGGUGGGGGGAGGAAGAAGGUGGUGCCAUCGGCGCCGUUGGCGAAGGGAUUGGGAGUGGGGGAUGAGGAUGAUGAUUGGGAGGGGAGCGAUGAUGGUGAGGAUAGUGGAGGGGAGUUGAAGUUUAAGAGGCGGAGGUGGUGA